CUUAAUUCAUUACACAAAUUAUGUCGGUUCUCCUGGAGACAUCUGUAGGGGACAUCGUCAUCGAUCUACACAUCAAGCAAUGCCCAAGAACAACCUUGAAUUUUUUGAAAUUGUGCAAGAUCAAAUACUAUAACUUUUCACCAUUUCAUAAUGUACAGAAGGAUUUCAUGGCACAGACAGGAGAUCCUCUUGGAACUGGUGUAGGAGGAGAGUCCGUUUUCGGUUUGCUCAACGGACCAAGUCAAAAAUACUUUCCAGCAGAAAUUCACCCAAAGCUAAAGCACAAAAAACGUGGCACAGUCUCCAUGGCUGUGGCAACCGAUGCAUCAGUUGCUGCCGGUGGCGUCAGUGGAAGUCAGUUCUUUAUUACGCUCGCCGAUGAUCUCGACUAUCUGGAUGGUAAAUACACCAUAUUUGGAGAAGUAGCUGAAGGAUUUGAUAUCCUUGAUAAAAUCAACUCGACCUAUUGUGAUGAGAACGGCCGGCCUUAUCGCGAUAUUCGAAUUCGACACACUAUCGUUUUAGAUGACCCAUUCCCGGAUCCAGAAGGUCUUCAAGUCCCUGACGAAUCGCCCUUACCAUCCAAAGAGCAAAUAGAGUCAAUGCGAAUUGGGGAAGACGAGGAUAUUGAAGAGCAUGGUGAUCCCGAAGAACUCGAGAAGCGACGUAGAGAGCACGAAGCAAAAGCACAGGCAUUGACUCUGGAAAUGGUUGGAGACCUUCCUUUCGCCGAAGUGAAACCUCCAGAAAACGUCCUCUUUGUUUGCAAACUGAACCCUGUCACUAGAGACGAAGACUUGGAAAUGAUUUUUUCUCGUUUUGGCCAUAUCAACAGCUGUGAAGUCAUCAGAGAUCGGAAAACGGGAGACUCUCUUGGUUAUGCAUUUAUCGAAUUUGACAAUAAGGAAGAUUGUGAAGAGGCUUUCUUCAAGAUGCAAUCUGUGUUGAUUGACGAUCGCCGUAUACAUGUUGACUUUUCACAGUCUGUCUCUAAACUCCACACCGACUGGAUCUCCAAACGAUUGAAUAACCAAUCAGCCACAAUCGGCGGUGUAGAAGGUCUAGAAAAACGCAAACGAUAUCGCGAAGAAAACGCACAUGAACGAGGAGACGACUAUGACCUAGUAUUUGAGCCAUCCUCCAAACGAUCGAAAGACCGGGACAGAGGUCGAGAAAAGGACCAUGACAGAGAGAAGGACAGAAAUAGAGACAGAGGCAGUCAUAGAGAUCGCGGUAGGGAUGAUGACCGUUCUCGUGGCCGAGAAAACGACAGGGACAAAGACAGAAGGCGUGAUGGAGAUCGACAUCGAACCAGGGACAGCGACAGAAGUCGGGGCAGCAAUCAUGGCAGAGACCGUGACCGAGAAAGAGGCGAUGAUCGACGUAGGUAUCGGUAAACAAACCCCAUCUGUAAAUUUUUAAGCCCACUACUGUACAUGACCUGGUGUGUAAUAAAGUAAUGCGCCCAAUGUAUUUGUAGAAGCCGCUUCAUCAUGUCUGAAC